UUAUCCCUACCACCGUGCACUUGACGUAUUCUGGUUCUCCGGCUGACACUUUGACGUUUUCUAGUGCAAGGAAAGAGCGCGUGUAAAAAGCCGAUAAAAAUAUAUCCGGUGUGUGAGCCAUUUCAUUCUACCAAAACUGUUUUCUCGUUCUGAGCCGGUGAAUUUUCAGAUACACGCACGUUAAGUACAUAUAUACGUGAUUAUAAUAAAAGGUUAGGAAUUCGCGGAUAGUUAACCGGAAGAGAACGGUUAUUGGAUAAAGAGAGAGAGAAAGAGAGAGAGAGAGAGAGAGAGAGAGAAAGAUAAAAAGAGGAAGAGAGAUAGAGAUAGAGAUAGAAGAAAGCUGUUGAAGAAGAAACUUCGUGUACAUAAACAUAAAUCAGAGAAAGAAAAAAAGAUAACUAGAAACAUAACUUAUAUACAGAGAUAUACACAUAUAUUAGAUUGAAGGAUAAGCGAUUCGCACGUGUGUCUUUCUCGGGAAAAGGAUAGGGAGAAUAAAAACGGUCGUCGGCAGCAGCGCCGUCGGCGUUUAUCGUCGGCGCGACGUCGGUGAGAAGGAGCAAGAAGGAACCGAGGAUACGCAUUCGUGAUUAUCUUCUCGUUACGAAUACAUCGAGGAUUGAAAUUAAUUUUUAAUUAAUAAAAGGACACAUAUAAAGACGAGUCGACGUUGCUACGCUCCUGUAAAUUAAAAUCGAAGAAGAAGAAGAACGGGGAGUAGAAGUUUGCUGCUGUCUCUAUUGUACGUUUUUGACGCAUCGUACACGGAACAGGAUACGACAGGACCUGGCUAACAACUGCAUACACAUACAUAUAUUAAUAUAUAACUUUGCUAAGGUAUCGAAAGUAGAGAAUAAUUAGAAAGGAGAUAGAAUAAGAAGAAGUAGAAGAAGAAGAGGAGGAGGAGAAGUAGUAGAAGAAGAAGAAGAAGAAAAAGAUGUCGAUAACGUCAGAGGAAAGUCAAAUAACAACAGUUAUGGAAGAACCCAAGAAGGAUACCGAUUCGAAAAUCGAGGAUAUCGUUGGAACGAUUAAACGCGAGCACGAUUCCACCGACGAUUUCGAACGAGUCGAGCCUGAGAAUUUGCUCGGGGAGUUGAGCAACAAAAAGAAGGAUAAUGAUGAUGAAAAUGCUGAUGGUGAUUCGAAAAAGGUGAAGGGAGAGGAAAAGAAGGAGGAGGAGAAAGAGAAGGAGAAGGAGAAGGAAGAGAAGGAGAAAGGUGUGAAAAAAGAAGGUGGGGGAUCUGUGGAAGAAGAAAAAGCUAAGUCCGAGGGACAACAAUCAUCAGUUUUGGAAUCGCCACGUGUGCAAGAAGAUCUUCCGGCAGCAGCAGACUCUAUGGAUCCCAAAGUUCAAACGGAGCAUGAACAGUUACCAAGUUGUACAAUACCUAAACGUACCUUCCUAAACGAACAGGAGGAACGAAAGGUGCAAAAAGAGGAGGAGCUGGGGAAGAGGGAGGAGCUGGAGGAGGAGGAAAAGGCUUUACCCGCCACCCCGCCACCUUCCGCUGAUAUCGAGAAAUACGACUCCAUGGCGGAUCCGUUUCUACGGCCGGCAGGUAGGACAACUUCCGCGGAAGGGUUCAACCCCAAGGCUGCCACUGUCGCUUUCGUGGAAAUUGAACGUACCGCAUCGGCACCGCCACCCCAGACUUUACCAACAAGCAUCAUUGAUAAUAACCUACUCCUUGAUUUCUCUGACAACAACAUACCCAACACCGUGACUUCUACAACCGAUAUCAACAAAGACGCGUUAAUAUCUUCUACUACUGUUACUUCUGCUCCUGUGUCCGAUCAAUCGAAAAUGAAUGACGAUCAGAGCUCUAAUCUUACGAAGAAAGAUAUGCCGGAAAUAGAAAAUUUGAAUUCUUCCGUACCACACGAUUUUCAUUAUGUCCCUUCAGCUUCAAACAAUCUAUUCGGUUCUAUUCCUAUAAUCAAAUCAAACAAGGAAAGUACCGAUAUUGUUUCGAGUAGCAAUCACGAUUCUUCGGAAGAGAAUUUCGAAAAAGAUUCUUCGAAAGAGAAUUUCGAAAAAGAUUCUUCGAGACAAUCAGUUGUUUCGGGGAGCGUUCCAUUUAUGCCAGAUAAAUUGGACCAUAAAAAUACAAAUGAGACCGUUUCGUCGAUCUCCGAUAACGUCAACGAACCAACGCAAAUCACAACCACAAUACUUCCAACGAUCAAGAGGACUGAUCAAAAGGACGAUAAAACACUUAAUUCCACUACAAAAUCCGAAUCCAAAACUGCUUCUAGUAUAUCCAAAUUGUCUACCCGGGAUGAUGGACAGAAAGAUGUAAGGUAUAAUGUUGAUAAACCCGAAGACAGGAUUCAGGACAUUGAAAUAGCGCCAAAGGAAAUCUUCAGGGACAUGGGACUCGACGCAUGGUUUAACCCCGAAAGACUGAAUCCGAGAGUGGCCACUCUGAUCUACUGGCGCGAUCCAAAAAAAUCAGGAGCUGUCUUUGGAGCGACUUUAGGGCUGCUUUUGUCGCUGGCCUACUUCAGUUUGAUCAGCGUACUUGCUUAUUUAUCAUUACUCAUUCUUAUCGCCACGGUAGCCUUCCGUAUUUACAAAAGUGUACUUCAGGCUAUUCAAAAAACUUCAGAUGGACAUCCAUUUAAAUAUGUUCUUGACCUAGACCUUACAUUACCCACUGAGAAAGUACACGAACUCGCGGAUAUCGCUGUUGCUCAUGUGAACGCAACCAUAAGCGAAUUGCGUAGACUCUUCCUGGUAGAAGAUAUCGUUGAUUCGCUCAAAUUUGGCGUUUUGCUUUGGUGCUUCACUUACAUUGGCUCAUGGUUCAAUGGAAUGACUUUAAUAAUCAUAGGUGUUGUUGCACUUUUCACGCUACCAAAAGUGUACGAAACGAAUAAAACACAAAUUGAUGAGAAUCUGGCUCUGGUUAAGGGAAAGGUUGAUGAGUUUACAGCCAAGAUAAAGGCUGCCAUCCCUUUAGUUAAGAAACCCGAGCCAACGAAGGAAGAUUAAGAAUCGCGUACAUGUUGAGAUGUUUCAGCAGAACGUUUGAUAAGAACAGAAAGGAUUAUAAUUAUAAAAGGCAUAAGAAACGCAGAAAGUGAAAUAAAUGAAGAAAAUAUAAGAGCGCCGCGUGUGGAUAGAACAAUAUAUGAACGCGAAAUGAAAAGAAAAAAUAAAAGAAGCUUGACCGGUUGGAUGUAAUUUGCGAUUGCUUGAAAAAAAAUGUAGGAAAGCGACACUGUGAACAAGAAUGUCACAUAUGUUGAAUCUUCUGUCUUAUGAUGCAUUAAAAACAAAAAAAAAAAA